UUAUUCUUCAAAGAUAUAUUCAGUAGUGGUUGGAGCUCCUCGCAACACGUUCCGGCAUCAUGUCUUGGGGGAUGAGCUAUUCGCGGGUUUUCUGGUUGUUUUAUCAAAUUCUUCAUUUCACACCACUGUUUGUGAAUCCUGAAGGCUGCAAAAAUAUGGUGUUUAAAGUGCUUGUAAAAGGCAAGACGCUAGAAAAUCAUGUCUUUGAAAUGGUUGAGGUUACUGACGAUGCGCACUGCGAAUCCUUGUGUUUCUUGGAUGAUCGCUGUAUCUCCUACAACUAUUACAGAAGUGCAGGUGAAGAGAAAUACAUGUGUGAGCUGAGUGACUCGGAUCACUUUAUGCAUCCUGGAGAUCUAGUGGACAGACCUGGUGUCAUCUACAGAAGUGCUCAGAACACCUGCGACUGUCCUAAAAACUCGAAAUGCAGAUAUAACUUUGUUGACAACACGCACCGCUGUGAAUGUCUACCUGGAUUUACUGGAGACCAAUGCCAAACGAAAUGGCUCAGGGUCGCGAACAGCACUGAAGUGUGUAUUGGUGGAAAAAACAAUCAGUUCGGAAGGUUUACUAUUCCAGUUGCCUGCCAUGUCUUGAACUUCAAACUUGUUUAUGUGUCUGGAGGUGGAAUAUCAUGGGCAGAUGGAGACACCAAAGCCUACUGGGGAACUACCAAUAGACACAACAAUAAAGAUCUUAAUUUACACAUCACUGAUGCCGACAACAAUAGAAUCAGUCCGCCACCUGACUUCCCACUGACUGGGAAUACAUACAUGAUAUACCAGUUGCCAGGUGUGACCAACAUGGACCCAGAACUUACAUUCCCUGAGUUGUCACCUCCCCUAGCAGUGACAGCAGGCAAGGAGUUCAGGAUAUGGGUGGAUGAAGAUCUGAACAACAUUUAUGAAGAAGUCAACGAGGGACAAACGCGUGCUGAUGUUUGGAUUAAGAAAUACUAAAGCUACUCUUUUGCCAGAACUAAUCAAAAUUAUUCAUUUGAUACAGUAUGUACCUUGAUCUGGAAGUGUUCCCAAAAUAUGCAAAUUGUGAAUUAUUAAACUGAAAACAGACCAUGGACUAUCUAGACAGUGAUUUUAUCAUACUAUGUAUUGUAGAUACCUUUUAAGAUACGAUGUACCAAGUUACUGUGCCGUAUGUCUAAAUACUGAAUACUUAGGCAUUUUUGGCAUUUUAGUAGCCAAAAAGUAUAAGCAUAUAUAAAGAUCAAAGCUAGCGCUCUCGAGAAAUUGAAGGUCAAGCACAAUACUUUCGUUAGCAAGCUAAAGGUUGUUUCCCUGUAGCCGCCAAUCGAUUCGAUUUUCUAUCCGUAGAAAUUUUAUAAUCUUUUAGAUUGUAAUAGAAUUUGGCGUAGCAUGCAAAAAAAUUGUCCUGUCAAGCGCGACAUUUGCUCUGGUCGUCUCCUGUUAUGCAAAUUUGUAAUAUCGCUUUUAUUCAAAACGAAUUUCACCAAUCAUAGUCAAUCGUUUCUCACAUUUCCACGGAUGUUUGUAGUGGCUGCCCGUGGAAACAUCAAAGAAGUUGAAUUUCCCACCAAAAUCUUCUAUACAUCCCAGUAUUUUAUAAACCAAGUGUUCAUUGGUCAUUUCGUGAUUGACAAAGAACAAAUUUGGAAUUUUAUUCCGCAAAGUGGUGCACAAUAGCUCAAUGACAAACAAGAAAUGCAACAAAUCAUUCUGGUCAUUGUAGUCAAACGACGUUACCGCCGUUUACCCCUUAUAGUUAUUCUAAGUAGCCUCUACCAUAGUCUUUUGUAAAUAUACUUACAUUACUAUUUUCCCUUCAU